AUGGCGUGGCGUGAAGCUUUGAAAAAACCGGUAGCUAAACCAACAGCACCGAAACCAAAAUUCGAUACGAAAGAUGACGAUUGGGAAACCGAUAUUAACUAUGAAAAUCAAACAAACGAAAAAUCACAACGGUAUGGUUCAUCAAGUGUACCUGGUUCUGGUCGAGUAGAUCAUGUUGAUUUUAAAAAUCUCCAAGAAAAAGCAAAAACAGCUGAUAGUACGACACGAGAAGUAUAUCAAAAUAAAAAUCCUAACCGUGGUUAUGGAGGAAAAUAUGGAAAAGAUCAAGUCAUGGAUAAAUCAGCAGCUGAUUAUUCAUACAGAGGUGAAGUUCCAAAGCAUUCGUCACAGACAGAUUGUAACAAAGGAUUUGGCGGCGCAUUUGGUGUUGACGAUCGUGCAAAAGAUAAAUCUGCUGUUGGUUUUGAUUAUAGAGGAGAAGUUGAAAAACAUCCCUCCCAAACAGAUUUUUCAAAAGGUUUCGGCGGUAAAUAUGGUACAGAUCCGAAUGCACAAGAUAAAUCAGCAGUAGGCUUUUCUCACAGAGAAGCCGUGCCCAAACAUUCAUCACAAACAGAUUCUUCAAAAGGUUUCGGUGGUAAAUAUGGCAUAGAUCCGAAUGCACAAGAUAAAUCAGCAGUAGGCUUUUCUCACAGAGAAACAGUACCCAAACAUUCAUCACAAACAGAUUUUUCGAAAGGUUUCGGUGGCAAAUAUGGUGUUCAGCAAGAAGAACCCAGCCGAUCGUCUACUUCAACGAGAUCUCCUGAACCAAGUUCUUCAGAAAAAACUCCACCACCAGUUGGUAGUAGCAUUGGUGUUGGUAAUAUUCGAGCUAGAUUUGAAAAUAUGAAAAAAGAACAAGAAGCUACCAAACGUGUUGCCGAAGAAAGAAAUACUCGCACUACUCAUGAUCAACAAUCUCAACAGAAACAACCAUCAACGAGUAAUGGUCACGAGAAAGUUAAGCAACCAGAAAUACCACCAACGUAUAAUCAACCAGUUCGAGAACCAUCUCCAACUCCUGUUCGUCAACCUGAAAUUCAAUUGCCAUCAGUAACAAAUUCAAUCAUUUAUGAAAAUCUUGAUAGUCGAUUUGAAACACAACGAUCGGAAGAAAAACAAGUAGAAUCAAAUAAGUUUAUCGGCGGUGUUAAUGUAGCAUCGUUAUUGCGAGCCCGAAAAGCGUCAUCGUCGUCAUCGAAACAUGAUGAUGAUGAUGAUGAAUGGGCUGAUAACCAUCAACAUCAAUCCUAUCGAAGUCCAUCACCAAUACCAGCUGCUCAACCAGAACCACCAUCCAAUAACGAAGGUAUUCGAUGUGUUGCUCGUUAUAGUUAUGAAAAAACUGAAGAGGAUGAAUUAGGCUUUGAGGAAAAUGAAAUAAUUACAAAUGUGCAAAAGAUGCAUGACGAAUGGUGGUAUGGUAAAAUCGGCUCUAGAUCUGGUUUAUUUCCGGCUAAUUAUGCCGAAGAAUUGAAUUGA